AUGGAUUCAAUAUCUCGUUCAUCAUCAUCAUCGGAUAUUAUAGGUAACAAUGCUGAUCUCUUUACUCAGAUUCUGUUGUGUUUACCAGUAAAACCUUUGCUCGUGUUUAAAUCCGUAUCGAAACAAUGGUUUUCGGCUAUAUCUGAUCCACUUUUCAUCAAACAACAUACUCAAAAACAGAAUUUACGUUCAUUAAUGGUGCAGACAGCAUCAAAAAAACCAACAUUCGAUUUCAUAUCUCUGGAUGGAUCAUCAUCGUCAUCUGUCUCUUUUGAAACCCUAGAUUUUCUUAGAGCAAGGAUUAAGCAAUCUUGCAAUGGCCUCUUGUGUUGCAGUAGCCAUAAUAAAGAUAACGAAAUCUUCACCUAUUACAUCUGCAAUCCAUCGACGAAGCAAUAUCGCAGAAUUGUUGAUUUUACAGUUGAUAUGGCCAAAGAAAAAGGUUUCGAAAUGCUUGUGAGUGUCAGUUUGGCUUAUGAUCCGCUCAAAUCACCUCAUUACAAAGCUAUUUGUGUUUGGAAGAUGUCACCUGAACAAUGUAUUCGUUGGUCGUACCGAAUUAAGAUAUACUCUUCUGAGACUGAUUCUUGGAAGCUCUGUGUAGAUGUUUUUUUCCUACUUCCUUGUAUUAUCAAUACAAGUGGAGUAUAUUGGAAUGGUUCAUUGCAUUGGGUCGACACUUGGGAUCACGAGAAUCAUAUUUGUUUCAAUGUUGAUCAAGAAUUAAGAAGUGGAAUGCCGCCGUGUAGUUCUCUUGUAUACUCAACGGCGUAUUCGGUUGUCGAAUACUUCGGGGAGUGUAGAGGUCGGUUACAUCAUAUUUCAAGGUAUGGGCAUCCGCAGGUUGCAUGUAUUAUUGACAUCUUAGAGAUGAAGACUGACUACACGGGAUGGAUAAAGAACUUUCGUGUUAAUACCCCAGAAUUCCCAUAUCCAGUGCUGCUAAGUGGAUUUUGUGUAUUGCAUAUGGAAGAAGUUGGAGACUCAUUUAGGUUGGUAUUGAAGAUACAAGAUCAAGUUAUCUCUUAUGAUCCACAUGAAAGGAGCUUCGCGGAUCUUUAUAAAUUUGCAUCAAAGACUUGGGAAAAGAUUCCUCGGCGGGAUAGUUCUUAUCAUUACAUUGAGACACUCGCUUCUGUUUGA